AUGUCAGAAAGUCUCCUUCAAAUAGCGUGGGACCGUUUUGCCGCACGUCUUCGACCCGCGGCCAGUGGUCGACACACCAAUAUCAUGGAUAACUUGAUGUCUCUGAUGGAAGAGUAUGCUGUCGAAUUGGAAAAGUUGGUCGCUGCUCGUUCAGCUGAGCUGAUGGAAGAAAAGAGCAGGACCGAGCAACUGCUCUAUCAAAUGCUUCCGGAGCCGGUGGCGGAACAGUUGAAGAGAGGAAAGCUGGUCGAGCCGGAAGCAUUCGACAGCGUUACGAUUUACUUCAGCGACAUAUGUGGAUUUACCGAAUGGUCGUCCACGGCCAGUGCUUUCGAGGUUGUCAGCUUGCUGAACGAGCUUUAUACUCGGUUCGAUGCCGUUCUUUCCUCGUAUGAUGUAUACAAGGUGGAGACCAUCGGUGAUGCUUAUAUGGUUGUCAGUGGUCUUCCAAAAAGGAACGAAAACCACGCCGGGGAAAUUGCCAGUAUGUCACUUCGUCUGUUGGAUGACAUCAAAGAAAACUUCACUCUGUCUCUUCGUAUCGGCAUUCAUUCAGGGCCAUGCGCUGCUGGUGUUGUUGGGACAAAAAUGCCUCGGUAUUGUCUUUUCGGCGAUACGGUCAAAAAGCCUAACAACAAAGUCAGGAUAGGUGCAGACUUUUCAACUGGUCUCAACGCGACACUACAUCAUCAUCAAUACCCGCUGCCGUUUCCAGAUGAACUGCUUUUCAAGCUGAACGGGGGAAAUGUUUUACCAAGUUUGGUCUAUCUGAUUCUUAUUUGCAGGCUGAAGUGUCGGACGAGAGUGAGCACCUAUUUACAAUCAAUACACAUCGUGGACUUUUCCAAUACAACCGACUACCAUUCGGUGUUGAGGUCUGAACUCCACGCAUCCUACAUGCGACGCGUGUGUGUCACCCCUACGUCGCCACUGGACGCGUCUGAAUUUUCACGCCUGAAUAGGGAAAUAUGCUCACUCUUUUGUGACAUGACUGCUUGGCCCGACGUCUCCAACGACGACUCAUUUGCGUCGAUCGAUCGAAUGGAGAGUCAUGGUGAGCCAUGUCGUAUACACUGCUCUGAACAGUGUAAACAGCAGCUGGAUCGUCUGGGCGUUUAUGUCCUCCAGGAGCGUGGACUAAUCUCGAUCAAGGGCAAAGGUACGGUUCGUACCUACUGGUUGCUUCACAAAAAGAAGCCAAGUUUGACUGCCAGAAAGUUCCCGGCCCAGCACUCUCCAUACCCAGGCCAAAACUUGUGGAAUCCCGUCUUCCGGAACACUGGCUGCUCACAAGCGCCCGAAGACUCUGAUGCCUUUAGGGUCCUUGUUCGAAUCCGACCUCUGCAUCUUGACUUCCUCUGUCUAGGCUUGGGAAACAUGGCAGUAUCACAGCCAUCGUGUUUCCUUCGUGUGGCAUGGGAGCUAGGCACCGAAAGGGUGUUGGAGCUGAACUAUUUUUUAUUUAAGCUUUUUGGUUCGGACAAACCAGAAGCGCCCAAAUCACAAUCAGACGGUACAAACGUAAUUGCGAAUGCCUUUGAACAUCCAACCACAUCACUUGGAUCAACAAACAUCAACCGGACACGUCUGUCUAGGCCAAGUUGGUUUGCGCGUACACUAUCUGCCAGUACUGAACGAUAUUUCGGGUCUUCAAGAGACCGAUCAAUAUUUGACAAGGGGCGUGAGUCGCCG